CAAGCUUUGGAACGACGGGUCCACUGCCCAGGGACGAGCCGGAACAAGACGGGCCCGUCUCUUCUUCGAUUCGAUCCAUACCCCUCCCCCCCCCCACCCACUAACCCUACCCCCAUGUCCGACGGCGGCGCCGGCGAGCCCGGGGCCGGCGGCUCGGAGCCGGUGUGCAACUUUGUUCGGAAGCCGCCGAAGAAUAUUCGGAAGCGUCCCGCCGCGUCCGUCGGCUCCGACGACGAAGAAGGUAGCGGCGGCGACGAUUCCGGGGCCAUCGCUGCGGCGCGAUCUAAGAAGCCGCCGUCUACUACCAGCAAGCUCUUCUUCUCCUCCGCCGACAACUCACACGAGCCCCGCCGUUUCCAGUUCGAGUCGUCCAGGACGAUUCAGUCCUCCACCGACAGCCGCGCCACUGCGACGCUGGAGACGGAGACUGCGUACGACCGUGAUGCGCGCGCCAUCCGCGAGCGACAGCUCAAGCAGGCCGAGGAGUCCCUCAAGAAGAACCCCUCGGCCUCCUCCUCCACCGGGGAGCUCUACAAGGGGAUCCACGGCUACACGGAUCACAAGGCCGGCUUCCGGCGGGAGCACACGGUUUCCGGAGAGAAGGCUGGUGGCGCGCACGGCCCCCUGCGGGCGUCAGCGCACAUACGUCUCUCGACGCGGUUCGACUACCAACCCGACAUCUGCAAGGAUUAUAAGGAGACCGGCUAUUGUGGCUACGGCGAUUCCUGCAAGUUCAUGCACGACAGAGGUGACUACAAGUCUGGGUGGCAGCUCGAGAGGGAGUGGGACGAGGCCGAGAAAGCCCGCAAACGGCGCAUAGCGAUGCGUGAGUUGGAUGGUAGUGAUGGCGAGGCAGAAGAGGAAGACAGCGACGACGAGGAGGCACUGCCCUUUGCCUGCUUCAUAUGCAGGGAACCCUUUGUUGACCCGGUGGUCACAAAAUGCAAGCAUUAUUUCUGCGAGCAUUGCGCAUUAAAGCAUCACUCGAAGAACAAGAAGUGCUUUGUCUGCAAUAAACCGACGCUUGGCAUCUUCAAUGCGGCGCAGGAGAUCCGGAAGAAGAUUGCCCAGGACAAGAAGCAGCAGGACCUUUGAUGACUGUUGCACAAUGUAGUAGCUUGUAUCAUGGAGGAUAGCUUCUCUUCUGUUAUUGUAUUGUUUGAAAUGAGGGGGAAAUAUCCAGGAAUCAGUUUUGUUUCUUUAGCUCUGUACUAGAUCCUACUUACCAUUAGCCACCAAAAUCUCAGCUUCUUGUCGCAUUGCAGAAGCUUGUUUCAUCAUUUCGAGCUGGUACUGAAUGGAUGUGGGUCUUCAAGUGUCA